CUAUCAACACCCGGUGACCUACAGUUAUCUCGGUUUGAGCGACUGUGAUAAGGUAAUAAUCGUUAGUUUUCGGUCUUUGAAAAUUACUAAUUAGUAAUAACCGAACUGAGAACUCAGAAUGGCGAUUUCUACUACUUUACAGAGAGCAAUAGAUUUGGUUACUAAAGCAACUGAAAAAGACCGUAAUAAAAACUAUGAAGAUGCAUUAAUGUUGUAUGAAAGUGGAAUUGAGUAUUUCUUACAUGCUCUCAAAUAUGAAAUCAAUGGAGAUAAAGCGAAAGAUAGUGUACGCAAUCGAUGUUCACAAUAUUUGGAAAGAGCAGAAAAGUUAAAAGACUAUUUGAAGAACAAAAAAAACAAAAAAAAACUAAUUAAAAGUGGAGAAUCAAAUUCUAAGAAUAAUGAUAAAAAGAACAAUUGUGCUGAAGAUGAAACAGAUUCAGAAAAGAAGCUACAAAGUAAGUUGAAAGACGCUAUUGUUGUUGAAAAACCAUGUGUUAAAUGGACUGAUAUUGCUGGCUUGGAAGGUGCAAAAGAAGCUCUUAAGGAAGCUGUUAUUCUGCCGAUUAAAUUUCCACACCUUUUCACAGGCAAAAGAAUUCCUUGGAAAGGAAUAUUAUUGUUUGGGCCGCCAGGAACUGGUAAAUCAUAUUUGGCUAAAGCUGUAGCGACUGAAGCCAAUAAUUCUACAUUCUUCUCUGUCUCAUCUUCAGAUCUUGUAUCUAAAUGGCUGGGAGAGUCUGAAAAGCUCGUUAAAAAUUUAUUUGAAUUAGCAAGACACCAUAAACCUAGCAUUAUUUUCAUUGAUGAAGUAGAUUCCCUUUGUUCCUCACGCUCAGACAAUGAAUCUGAAUCAGCCCGAAGAAUAAAGACUGAGUUUUUAGUACAAAUGCAAGGGGUUGGUACUAAUAAUGAAGGUAUUCUUGUGUUGGGGGCCACAAAUAUUCCAUGGGUCCUUGAUGCAGCUAUACGUAGACGUUUCGAGAAGCGUAUAUAUAUUCCUUUACCAGCAGAACAUGCCAGAUUAGAGAUGCUAAAACAAAAUUUAGGAAACACUUACCAUAGAUUAACUGAAAAAGAUCUAAAACAAUUAGCUGCUAAAACAGAAGGAUAUUCUGGAGCAGACAUAAGUAUAGUUGUGAGAGAUGCCCUUAUGCAACCCGUGCGUAAAGUACAAACAGCUACUCAUUUCAAAAAAGUUUCGGGACGUGGACGAACAAACCCUAAAGUAAGAGUCAAUGAUCUUCUCACGCCUUGUUCUCCAACAAGUCCUGGGGCUAUAAAAAUGUCAUUUAUGGAUGUUCCUAGUGACAAACUUCUUGAACCAGCAGUAACAACAAACGAUAUGUUGAGAUCCUUGGCAACAUCUAAGCCAACUGUGAAUGAAGAAGAUAUGCAGAAACUAAAAAAAUUUACUUUAGAUUUUGGUCAAGAUGGAUAACUCAAUAUUUUAUUAUUGAACUGUUUCAAAAUAAUCAUUGUGUAAAUGUUGUAAGGUAAAUUUACAUGGACAUUGGACUCAUGGCUUAUAUUGUCAUAAUGUUGAUCAAACAAACACCUUUUUUUGUGUAACAAAGGUACCAUAGAUAUCUAAGUGUUAAAUAUUUGUACUAUAAAUUAGAUUUACAUGAAAUU